AUGUUCGAUCAGGCCGCCGUGGGCGACUCGAAUCACCGCCACCGCUGCGGAAGCAAGCCGCUCUGUCCGGAUGUUCCGGAGCCCAAGUGCCGCUCGCCGGCUCACAGUUCCUCCGACACCCCGGGGACGUCGUCGUCCACGCCGACGUCGUCCAGCGAGGACGGACACGACAAACUUUUAGGAGUGGACCCCGAGUACUGCCGGAGAAUCCUAGUCAGGGACGCCAAAGGCACCAUCCGGGAGAUUGUGCUUCCCAAAGGGCUGGACCUGGAUCGGCCCAAGCGCACCCGAACCUCCUUCACGGCCGAGCAGCUGUACCGCCUGGAGGUGGAGUUCCAGCGUUGCCAGUACGUGGUGGGCCGGGAACGAACCGAGCUGGCCCGGCAGCUCAACCUGUCCGAGACCCAGGUGAAGGUAUGGUUCCAAAACCGUCGAACCAAACAGAAGAAGGACACCAGCAAGGAUUCAGAUAAGCGUACGUCAUCGUCUUCGGAGUCUUUGGCCACCUGCAACAUCCUGCGUCUCCUGGAGCAGGGACGGCUCCUGUCCGGCCCGGCGCCCCCUGCCCCGAACCCCCUCCUGGCCCCUCCGCCGCUGAGCAGCCCCGGGGGCGGCUCCUCCGGCUCCCCCGGUCUGGGCGGCGGCGUCACCCCUCCCGGCUCUCUGUCCGGGGCCGCGUUCGGGCUGCCUCUGCCCGCGUUAGGCGGCACUCCGACGUCCCCCCGGCUGGCCGUUCCGCCGCCGCACUCCCUCUGCUUCUCCGUGCCUCUGCUGGGCGGCGCGCACCACGAGCUGACCUCGGCCUACGGUUGCGGCUCCUCGGCCUUCGAGCCGUACAUGAGGAUGGACCGGAAGGAGGCCGACCUCGGCGGCAAGAAAACGGUUUCCUAA